AUGUUGGAGAAUUGGCGGAGAGUUGGAGGCUACGCUUGGGGAGCAGCUCUUUUAGCCUACCUUUACCGUGAGAUGGUGGCUGCCUUACUGGGAGAGAGGCGAGCAGUAGUUCCACUGAUCUGCUUUUCAGUAGUGAUGUGGCACCAUCCAGAUCGCGUACCCCGACAGUUUGGCAUGAUGCAGAAUGAGCCUCAUCAUCAAGCUCUUGAGGCUGAGAUU